UGUCAGCCUCCCCGAGCACAACUUAAUUUCUUCAAUAGCGCUUUGGUCGUUGCGGAGUACGGUCGUGCGACGUCCAUUCUCAGUGAACCGUGGUCAGCUGUCCUUUAUUUAUCUCUGCGAAAGUGUUUGGUGCUUUCGCGCGCCAACCACGGCACACAAACAACGUGGUGAUCUCCUCGCUCAGUAACCGUGUUUCAGUGAUCGAAUAGUGUGGUUGAUUUGUACUAGUGGUUCCUCAUUUUCUUUUUUACUGUGACUCGUGUCAGUGUGGACAGAGGAUCUCUACAGUGGGGUUCAAAAUACCAUGUGACAGGAGACUUAUUAACUUCGGUAUGUGGUUUCUUAUGGUAUCGGUGGUGGCGACGAUGCUUGGAGCAGACGCACUGAUGUACCGCGGUCAGGAGGAACAUGUGGUCAUACCCUGCGAACAGGCGAAGCUCAAGUGUGCGUACCGUGUGGGCUGCGGCAUGGCCCUGCAGAACUACCUUGUGGGAUGCAGUGCCGUGCUCGACGACCCGAACCCGACCCACUGCCCCCAGAUAUGCCAGCACUCCCUCAUCGCCCUCACCUCCACCGACGAAGGCAAAGCACUCAUGAACUGUAAAUGCAGCGACAACGAGUGCGAAGAGCAAAAGAGGCGCGCCGAAAUUUGUCGUCCGGUGGUGGAGAAGGCGACAAACAAGACGGUGGUGUCCUGCCAAGUGGCCCAGUGGAUAUGCGCCGCCGACGCCCUGUGCUCAACGGCCCUCGACUAUUACAACCGGUACUGCAAGGCGAUGUUCCACGGGAAAAAGUGCACCGCACGGUGUAAUAACUCUAUCAGCAUCCUGACCCGGCAACAAAAAGCCAAGAAGUUAACAACGUGUAUAUGUGACGGCGAGGAGGAUUAUGAUUGCGCGGGAAUCAGGAGGAAUAUGGACAAGUUGUGCUUCCACAAGCACAAGCACACGAAGGUACCGCACGUUCAUCAGAACGCCGAGGAAGUUAUACCGACUGUUAUUCUUGCUACAUCGAAGGGAACAAUGGUGACGACCAGUUUGUUCGUGUUUGUUGUGGUGGCAGCGUUUUUAACGUGAGUCAGUUUGUUAGUGCCUCAUUCUAAUCUACCUCGCCUUAGUAUUUAUUGUCUAUUUCGCUGUGAUACCCGAGCUAAUGCCAUCGACGAUGCAACAUUACGGCCCCAACAACUGAACGGACGUAGAUGAUUGUGCGAUUUGAGAGGAUCGAGUAUUAGAACUUUUCGAUAGAAGUAUCGCAUGUUGAAAAAGGAAGUAAAACAUCCAAGACUGACAGUAACUCAGAGAUGGAAAUUUAUAUGACUUAUUCGACUCCCUGUUGUCAAAGCAAUGUUAUACUUUCGUUCUACCAUUAUCUGUAUAAAGAAAUUUCGUACUUACACAAAUAUGUUCGGCGACUUAAACUUUGUUUGAAUGUCACAAGUAAUAUUCACGAAAUAUGUCUCAAUAAGUUCCUAACAAUUUAAACAAAAUCUUAACGAAUAUCGAAUCAGCUUUAAGUUAUUAAGUACACCUGACUUUCUGAUAAGUAUUUUAGAAAUCUUAUAUUAUUUACCAAAGAAGGCGCUUGAAGCUGUAUAUUGCUUUAAUUUAUUGAAAUGUGCCUUAUACAGAUCAACUAAAUUCUUUGCGUCACGUGACCCAAAUUUAUUUAAUUAGUUUGAUGCACAGAAUUUAGGGAGCUCUUCUUUAAUUUGUAAAUGUAUUGUAAAUAAACGAAAUCAGAAAAGGACCGAAGUGCAUGUCCGAAUCCAAUAAAUCCCUUUUGUACCAUAAAUUUAAAUACCACGUGCACUUCUCCUUACCAAAUAAUUUUCAUGUGUAUAGGAAUAUUUAUAAACUGUAUAAAUUGUUGAGUGUAUAGAAUUUAUAUUGUGUGUUUGCAAACACGUCCAUUAUCAUUUUUGUACAAACUUGAACUUGGACUGCAGUCCUAGAGAUUGCCUAAUAAAGAUAUUAUUUGU